AUGAAUCUACAAGGACUCGAACGGAAUACAGACAGUAACAGCGGUGGUAGUAAAAGAAAUAGUUUCAAAAUUCCUUCAUCAUCAUCCAACAAUAAUAGACGAAGAAGUCAAACCACGACAGCACCCACUCCAACAGCAGCCACACGAUCCCGUAUGAGUUGUUACUAUGGAAGUUCUCCGGUUCAGCAACAAGAAUCCAUCUUACAACAAGAAUUACAACGAAAACAACAAGCGCAACAAGAGCAAGAAGAACAAUUACAACAAAAACGAACACAACGAAGAAAAUCGUUUAAUAUCAUCUCGAGAAAGAAUAGUAACAUGUUUUAA